UCGAAUAAAAUAGCCAUCUGCAGUCGCGGACGUCGUACAGACGUCAUAUUUAUUACUUGAAAUUGAAAAAAUAUUUUUUCGUUUGUACAAAUGCAAAACGCUUGUUAUAAUUCAUGUAAUUGUUAAUUUUUUGUUAUUUUAUUCAAAUUAUACAACUAUUGAGUUGUAUCUGAAUCAACCCUUGAUAAAUACUGUUCAUUGUUAAUAUCUGAAAAAAAAAAAAAUCUUUUUUUUUUAUAAAAUUUGUUGAAAUCUACCGAUGAUUGAUAAAUUACAAAUACGUAAGAUCUCUGUUAGAGACGUAAGACGGCAAAGCAGGCCGGUUUUUUAAAUUCCCGUGAGGAAUGACGCUUGAAGACCCAUUCUUUGUCGUCAAAGACGAGGUAUGUAAAGCUCUAAACAAAACUCGUGGUUUGUAUGGUCGCUGGACCGACUCUCAGUCAAAUGUCACCGUCGUAACACCAAACGGAGUAGGCCCUGGAGGACUUCCGGUUUCUAAAGAAGAAUUAGAGUGGACGACCACAGAGUUAAGAAACGCUUUGAGGUCUAUUGAAUGGGAUCUCGAAGAUUUGGAAGACACAAUUUGUAUUGUGGAAAAGAAUCCAAAUAAGUUUAAAAUUGAUAACAAGGAACUAAAUUUUCGAAGAGCUUUCAUUGAUCAUACCCGAGAUGAGGUCAAGAUCAUGAAAGAUAAAAUGAAUCUCAGCCGUGGAAGAGAUCGUGACAGAACUGCGAGACAGCCGCUGCUGGACAAUAGUCCAGCUCGCGCUCCAGUUAAUCAUGGAACUACAAAAUAUAGUAAAUUAGAAAAUGAACUUGAUAGUCCUAGUCGACAAUUCCUGGAAGAUACUCUACAGCAGCAAGGGCAAAUGAUUAGACAACAAGAUGAUCAAUUAGAUUUGAUCGGUGAAAGUAUUGGAACUUUGAAAACUGUAUCAAGACAAAUUAAUUCUGAAUUAGAUGAACAAGCUGUUAUGCUAGAUGAUUUUGGUAAUGAAAUGGAAGUGACAGACUCCAAAUUGGAUGCUACAAUGAAAAAAAUGGCCAAGGUUCUUCACAUGAGUAAUGGUAACUAUAGUAAUUACAUUCCUGCUCCUACAACUGCAUCAAUAUCUCCUGUCUCAGCUUAUCCUACUAAAACAACAUCCUUAUCCACGUUUUCUACUACAAUAACGAAUUGUUUUCUAUGUGCAGCCGAGUAGAAGUAAAUUAAUCGGUUUUUUAUGAAAAUAAUUUUAUUUUCAGUUCUGAUUUAAUAAUCUUAUUAAUUAAAAUUAUUUUUAGCAAAUGAUAUCCAUAAUUUACAAAACAUUCUAAUAACAGUUAAUGCAAUCAGAAAUAAUUAUCGUUCAAAAUAAUAGUCCACCAGUUAAAUUACUUUUUCUUCUAAUUUAACAUGUUAAACUUGAAGAGUUACUUUAAAUAAAAAAUCAAUCAUUAGUUUCUACUUUCAAGUUAUUCUUGAUAGUUUAAUUAAUCACAUUUUGUGAGCACUUGUUUAGAUUGAGUUGUAAUUAAUUUUUUCAAUAGAUUUUAUCAUAUAAUCAUAAAGUUAAUUGAAAAAAAUGUAUCAACGCAAUAGAUUACACUUAUUUUUCAUCCAACUACAAUGCCAAAAAUAAAUUAUUGCCAAAAUGUUACAGAAAUACAGUAUAUAGCAAGUUUGAUUUUAGUAAAAUAUAUUUAUCUAUAUACAGUAUAUAUUAAUAAAAAAAUAGUAAAAAUCAAAUAUAUUUAAUUAAACUGUAUAAUUACGAUGAUUUUAUUAGUGUCUAUAAAAUUAUUCAUUUAGUUAAUUGAAAAACAAAGUUAAAGGUUGUCGGAAAACUCUUGGUAUUUAUGACGAUAGCUAAAAUUGAAAGAAAAUUAUACUGGACUUCAUGGGUUUCUCUUAUUGUGUAAGUAUCAGUGAAAAGUACAUAAAGUUUAAAUGAUUUAAAAAUGUUAAAAUUAAUUUAAAAAUCAAUCAGAUUAUAAUAAUUAAAAUAAUUUUUUUCUUUGCUCCACAAUAUGUGAGUACGCAUAGAAAUCAGUAUAAAAUUCUUUUAAUAAACUAAUGUAAAAUACAUUUAGACAGAAAAUAAAAUAAAUAAAUAAUAAUAGUGAGUAUAUAUAGGAAAAUAAUAUAAAUAUAAAAAUUAUUGUUAUUGGUGGUAAUUGAUAAGAAAUUUGUUGUUUGUAGAUAAUAAUUAAUAACCAAAAAGAUCUCACUGUCCUCCAACUAAACAGUAAAUUUAUUAUAUAGAUGGAUUUAAGUAUUAAAUAUAUACAUGAUCCGUAUAAAAAUUUUAUGUUUACUGUGUGAUAAAUAUAAAUGUGUAAUCAACUUGAGAAUGAGAACUUGAAGAAAUUAAAAAUAUAUUUAUUUAAAUAAAUUCAAUAAUUAUUGAAUAAUUACGUUUAUUGACGUAAAGUAGUUGCAAAAUAAAAUUAUUUAAUAGAAAAAUUUUAGUUAAUUUAAGGAAAAAAAAUAUUUACUGCAGUAAAAUAAAGGUUAUUUGUAUUAUUAUUUAUGUACUUCAUAUAAAACUGAAAUAUCAGAUCA